CGGCCAUUUUGUUUUAACAAUUCUUUCAAAGCUAGCCAACCAGCUACGGGGCUCCAAUACAAACAACUGUGCUAGACUUUUCAUUUAGAACGUCAGCGAGUGAUUUCGGAAGAUAUGGCGACCGCAACCCCAAGCAGAGCUGCCGCCGAAUCUGGCCGGGCGGCUGCUGCUUCAACGCCGCUCUCCCCGACCCGCAUCUCCCGCCUACAGGAGAAAGAGGAUCUACAACAUCUGAACGACCGACUGGCCGUCUAUAUCGAUCGCGUCCGGUCCUUGGAGCUGGAGAAUGACAGGCUUUCUCUGAAGGUCUCGGAGAGGGAGGAGGUCACAACAAGAGAGGUCACCGGGGUUAAGUCUCUGUACGAGGCUGAACUGGCGGAUGCCAGACGUGUCCUUGAUGAGACUGCAAGAGAAAGGGCAAAACUCCAGAUCAAUCUGGGCAAGGUCAGCUCUGAACUUGAGGAGGUUACUAAGAGCUAUAAGAAGAAGGAUGGUGACCUGGCUUUGGCUCAGACCCGUAUCAAGGAACUGGAGUCUCAGUUUAACCAGAGCGAAGCAUCACUCUCUACAGCUCUUAGUGAGAAUGCAUCACUCUCUGCAGAGGUUGCUGACCUGAAGAACCAGCUUGCUAAGGCUGAGGAUGCCCAUGCUGUUGCUAAAAAACAGCUGGAGACUGAGACACUGAUGCGAGUGGAUGUGGAGAACCGCUGCCAAAGCCUGAGUGAGGAACUUGAGUUUAGGAAGAGCAUGUUUGAGGAGGAAGUACGUGAAACACGGAAGCGCCAGGAAAAGCGGAUGGUGGAAGUGGACACUGGAGCCAAGCAUGAUUAUGAAUACAAACUGACCCGGGCUCUGCAGGACCUUCGCAAGGAACAUGAGGAACAGGUCAACCUCUACAAGACUGAGCUUGAGCAAACCUUCCUGGCUAAGUUGGACAAUGCCAAGGUGUCCUCUGACCUUAAUGAUAAGGCAGUCAUCACAGCACGGGAGGAGCUGCAGGAGACUCGUGUCAGGAUUGAGGGGCUGACUUAUCAGCUGUCUGCACUCCAGAAACAGGCAGCAGCAGCAGAGGAGCGUGUACGUGAGCUGGAGGACUUGCUGAACAGCGAGCAUGAUAAACACCGCAAAAUAAUAGAUGGCAAGGAACGCGAGAUGGACGAGAUGAGGGACCGCAUGCAGAUGCAGCUCAACGAGUACCAGGAGCUGCUGGAUGUAAAGCUGGCCUUGGACAUGGAGAUCCAUGCAUACAGGAAACUACUGGAGGGAGAGGAAGACAGGCUGAAGCUGUCCCCAAGUCCCCCCUCACGUGUCACUGUAUCUCGAAGUGUGGCUGCAAGCAGCAGCUCUUCCCGCUCGUCCCGUUCUAAGAGAAAGCGUGUGGAGGUGGAAGACGAGACCCCCAGUGCUCCCAGCUUCCGUGUCAGCCAACAUGCAGAGGCAACAGGCUCGAUUAGUAUUGAGGAACUUGACCUUGAGGGCAAGAGUGUCACCCUUAAAAAUCUUUCCAAUAAGGAUCAGUCUCUUGGUAGCUGGCGACUAAAGAGGCGAGUUGGAGAGGGAGAUGAGAUUGCUUACAAAUUCAGCCCUAAGUUUGUUCUUAAAGCAGGACAGACUGUUACAGUGUGGGCUGCAGAAGCAGGUGUGGCCCACAGUCCUCCCUCAGACCUGCUGUGGAAGAGUCAGAGCAGCUGGGGAAGUGGAGAUGAAACCAUCACCCUGCUGGUCAAUUCAGACGGAGAGGAAGUGGCAAAGCGAGUGGUCACCAAGAGCAUGGUAGAGCUGGAGAAUGGGGAUGAUGAGAAUGGAGAUUUUGGAAAUGAGGAUCUCUUCCACCAGCAGGGCGAUUCGAAGACCCGAUCCAGGGAGUGUGCAGUCAUGUGAGGGAGUUUCAUUUACAACAGUAUUGCAUCUAUUUCUCCCUCAGAGGCACAGUUUGUUUUUUGUUUGUUUUUGUAUACUUUAAUCACGAAUCCUUAAAAUUGCUCCAUCCUUACCUGACAGAGUAUCAUGGGCAAACAGUUUUUACAGACCUCGUUUUUUAAACCCAGGUAACCAUGAACUGUGUAACUGUGGUUUUUUUAAGUGCAGUCUAGUUUUGCUUUCUUAUCAAAAAAGAAAAAGAAGCAAAUGAAAGUUGGACAGCUUCUGAAUACAUGCAUAACCUCCCCAUAAUAGAGGUCUUCACAAUUAUAAAAACAGGAAUUGACUUAAUGUACUUUUAGACAUGAAAAGUACAGAAUAAUUAAAAUUAUCUGCAUGAUGAUGCAGUAAAGUGUGUUGCAAAAAGGCUGGGUUGAUAAGAGAUGUUUUGCUUUGACUUGUAGUUUACUGUGUGUCAACUGACAGCUGCCGCUUAGCUUGUGUAUUUUUGUUUUCCGCAUUGUCAUAAAGAUAAACAGGGUGGAAAAGUCAUGACAAAGUAAAUAAUUGAAACUUUAGGCAUUUUAGGAAUCUGUAGUCUAAAAUAUACUCCUACUCUCUAUCAUGCAACUGAUCUGCUUUAGUACUGUCAGAAAUCAGGAAUCUCACGAGGCCCUGGUUUCAGGCCCUCUACUGAUGAGAACAGAUAAAAGAUGUAUUUUGACACUUCGGCACAUCACAACUGAAGCUGAACUGAUAGCGAUGUUCAGAAAAUUGUGAAUUGAUAAUGAUAUUAAGCUGAAUGUUGCUGAUAACAUCCAGACCACACAUUUUAAGCAUAAUACAUUCUCAGUGAUUUUUAAGCAAAUGUUUACAUAUGGAAUAAAGCACAAGAUGUGCUGUUUUGAGAAAAUGAUCAUCAAAGUGCUGACACUGGAAACUCCUUCCACUGAUGUUAAAUGAAACAUCCUACCGAAAACCUCAUGCCAAUGAUUAUAUACAUAUUUUAAAUUGUAAUCUGUUUACAUGGCAUAUCCACCAUACAUUUCCUUGCGUGUUCGUUACCAUAGAAAAGUAUAUUCUAAUGAAUUAGAAUGAACGUAUUAAUAAAACGUUUGAAUUACGGCUGGUACUACUGUCCGAGCUGGUGCUAGAGAAAAUAAGUUGACAAUGUCUAACCGAUCACAUUUGAUUAGACAAAACCCAGGUGGUAUAGUGCAAUUAUAGUGUUAGUUUCUUCUUUCCCUAAAACAAUCUGACACACAGUUUGGAAGUGAUGGUUUGAUUUUUAAAUGUCACAAUUUAAGGUAUAAUGCAUUAAGCCACUACCAUAUCUGAAAUGUUGGUUUUUCCACCCUGUUCAUUCAAAUGCAGCUGUUCCACAUUAUAAUUUGUAAACGCUCAUCAUUAUAAAGAUCUUUGUUCAUUGUAAAUGUUAAAAUGAAGUUUUUCAGACAAUAAGUAUACAGUUAAUAUUUUUCUACAGUUUUAAUCUUAUGGUGUUGGGCUGCAAAUACACCCACUCUCAGCACCAGCUUUAGAUUGCUGUUGUGCACUGGCAAUGGUGAGGGAGGCUGAAACUAGCCAAAUGUCCACCAGCACAUUUUAAACAAUUGCAUCUGAUUUUAGAAAAAUUUUGCAUAGCUGAUUUCUCAGGACAUUUCUAACCAUCACAAUAACUCCCCUGUGCACAGGAGGAAAUCCCAGCGGUGCUGAGGUGGACUUCAUAUGCAUUUAAAUGCGAGAUGAAUUAUUAAACAUGGUGAAAAUUAUUACCUGCAGGUGAUAUCAGGUGCAACCUUUUAUCAUUCUAAUAUUGGCCUGGGGAGCUGUUUUUUAUUGUUAUCGUUAUUAGGUUGCUCAGUAGAGUGCUUUGCAUAUUGAAUAAUUUUAAUGGGAUUUUGGAAAUCAGGUUUACAUUUUUAUUUUACACUGUUUUCCUUUUUAAGUGAAUCUGUGAUCAUGUGCUAAGGUCAAUUUUAGGUGUCACUGUACAGAGUAAAUUAGGAGAAGUGAUUGUUACAGGUCCUCUGAUGUAAUAAAAUCACUUUUUUUGUUGUUUUUAAACACUCCAUCUGUGAAUAGAAAUCUGAGCUUAUUUUUUAGAUAACACUGUUGGCCAGAGGUUUUUUUUUCUUCUUCUUCCAGGUUUUAAUAGACAUGACUGAUGUGUAACAGAUGAUGAGCACUUCCUGUGUUUUCUGUGCAGCACUGCAGGAUAUGGAUAUUAGAUACAGUAAUACUCUACUGUAAAGCUGAUCUAAACAGCACUGAUGAGCUACAGACUCAUGUGCUGUUUGAGCCAUUUAAAGUGUGAAAGAACUGAAAUUUUAAUUGACUGGGGGGGAUCUUGAUAACCUGAGGAAUGAACGCAGAGAAAACAAGCCCAAUUUCUCACAAUUUUUUACUUGUGUGAUUUGAAUUGUUUUGUAUGCAUACUACAAUAAAUGUUUUGCAUAGUAUUA